CAAAGGCUUUGAGCCCAGGACGCCCCUCUCUCUCUCUCUCACUCUGCCUACAAAGCCAACCCAGCUCUAUCUUUCCUGCUUUUCUAUCAUGGAAAUGUUUUCUAAUAGGCGGUGUUAAGAGUGUUGGUUUUAUUUUUUACUUUCUUAUACUGAAAUGUACGACCGUCUGGAUCCCCGCUCGGCCGAGAGAGGAAGGCUUUUUGUAGGUAUAAUACAAGGAAGCGUCGUCUGAGAGAAGGGAGCGAGAGGGGGAAGGAUUGACGCUUAUUCCUCCUCUCCUCCUCCUUCCUUUCGCCCCCCUCGCCUCCUCUUUUUGGCGGAGAGAGAAGUUGAGGCAGGAAUAAACGCUUUUUUUGUUUUCCCCCUUUUUUUUAAUGCAUUUGAAUCCUACUGCGCAACGAGACAGGAUCACGUGGGGUUGGAGAGAGUUGGAUCGAUUUUGCACAGUUCAAUGUGAGAAAAAGAGAAACAAACUACUCUUAUUUCUUUUUCCCCUUACUUCUGUGGAUAACUGGUACUGUUGAUACUUUUGCAUAAUUGCAAGAGAAGGGGAGUGGGUUCUUUUUUUCAGCCUUGGAGGUGUGGAGUAUUAAUUCUUAUAUGCCUGGGGUUUGAAAAACAAUGGAGACGCACAUUUCGUGCCUCUUCCCGGAAAUUUUGGCCAUGAUUUUCAGCUAUCUGGAUGUGAGGGACAAAGGCAGGGUAGCCCAAGUGUGUAUCGCUUGGAGGGACGCAUCCUACCACAAGUCAGUGUGGAGGGGGGUGGAGGCCAAGCUGCACCUCCGCCGGGCCAAUCCCUCCCUGUUCCCCAGCCUCCAGGCCAGGGGCAUCCGGAGGGUCCAGAUCCUGUCCCUGCGUCGCAGCUUGAGCUAUGUGAUCCAGGGGAUGCCCAACAUCGAGUCCCUCAAUCUGUCCGGCUGCUACAACCUCACGGACAACGGGCUGGGUCACGCGUUCGUUCAGGAGAUCCCGUCGCUGAGGGUGCUGAACCUGAGUCUGUGCAAGCAGAUCACAGACUCCAGUCUGGGCAGGAUAGCUCAGUAUCUGAAGAACCUGGAGGUGCUGGAGCUCGGCGGUUGCAGCAACAUCACCAACACCGGGCUCCUGUUGAUAGCCUGGGGCCUCCACAGGCUCAAGAGCCUCAAUUUAAGGUCCUGCAGGCACGUCUCGGACGUGGGCAUUGGACACUUGGCGGGCAUGACCCGCAGCGCGGCAGAGGGCUGUUUGAACCUGGAGUACCUGACCCUCCAGGACUGUCAGAAACUGACGGACCUGUCACUCAAACACAUUUCCAAGGGGCUGACCAAGCUCCGGGUACUGAACCUGAGCUUCUGCGGGGGUAUCUCAGACGCAGGGAUGAUCCACCUCUCCCACAUGGCCUCCCUGUGGAGUCUUAACCUACGCUCCUGCGACAACAUCAGCGACACGGGGACCAUGCACCUCGCCAUGGGCACCCUGAGGCUCUCCGGGCUCGACGUGUCCUUCUGCGAUAAGAUAGGGGACCAGACCCUGGCGUACAUCGCCCAGGGGCUGUACCAGCUCAAGUCCCUGUCCCUGUGCUCGUGCCACAUCUCCGACGACGGGAUAAACCGGAUGGUGAGGCAGAUGCACGAGCUGAGGACCCUGAACAUUGGACAGUGUGUGCGCAUCACGGACAAAGGGCUGGAGCUCAUAGCCGACCACCUGACCCAGCUGGCGGGCAUCGACCUGUAUGGAUGUACCAAGAUCACCAAGAGGGGACUGGAGAGGAUCACGCAGCUCCCCUGCCUUAAAGUGUUGAACCUGGGACUCUGGCAGAUGACAGAGAGUGAGAAAGUGAGGUGAUUGAAAGUGUGUUUCUCGUGUUUUUGUUCUUUCUGUUUUUGGAUGGGGGACAGAGAGGGACACGAGGAAGAGGAGGGGUAUUAGAUGGGCGGGUAAACUUCUUUUCUUAUUAAAAGAGAGAGAGAGGAAAAACCUCCCUUUUCCCCUUCUGUGUGGUUGUGUACGGUGUGCUUCUCCCAUGUGACCAAUAUUUUGUGUUCAGAUGUUUUAUUUUUCUCUCUGCUGGCCUUGCAGGAUUUCAAUUAGUGUUUUCUACAACUUAAUAUUCUGCCCGGUAGGAAGCAAUUAAAACUUACUUUUGCUACGAGCUCAUGAAAAUCCCCGUUAACAAUUGCUUUGAUCUCGUGAUUGAGUUUUAAUAUCUCAGACAUUCUGACAUCAAACUGGAUAACUUGCAAUGCAAAUCAGCUUGUUUCACAUAUUUAAAAAAAGAAGAAUGUCAUUUGAAUAAUCUGCUUACUUGGCACUUGCUUCCAGAAAAUUCUUAAAAGUGAAACUUGCAUCCAUCUUUUAGUUUUAAAGCAAAGUGAGGUUUGAAAACUUUUUAUUUUUUAUUCUUAAACAGUGAGUCUGGAUUUGAGACCUUUACAACUAAUCUCCGCUACAGCCAUCACGCCUAAAACAUUUGGCUACCUCGUAUGUGGUUGUUUUCAAAAGGGUGUAUACUGUAAAAAAAAAAAAAAAAAAAAGAGACAGAAGGAAAGCGAGAAUGAGAGACUGGGAGAAAAUGUGCCUAAAGGGACUGUGUCUGCCCCCUCCCCCCAUCCCUCCCUCCAUGAGCAGAGCUGGAGAAAGGAGACCAGGACACAAUCUAACUACCUUUUGUUAAUUUACCCCCAUAAACAGCAACACUUUCCCAGAGAGGGAGAGAGCGAAGGGACAGCAAGCUGUAAAAUCUAUUCAGAUUUUAAUGACGACGCUUUAUGCAAAAAAAGGCAAAAAACUAAACAUAAAUCCGCUUGUGUGCCAGAGCUUUUCUUUAUUGUUUUCCUCAUCCUUGGGGAUAAAGUCCAACUUUCAUGCCCUUUAGAGAUGUGUUGUGUUCAAGCUUUGGUCAAUAUAAAAAGGAGACAAGAUCAUCAGCUUUUCCUUAGAAUAAAUACCUGUAGACCUCCUAUAAUAAUGCAAUAGACGUAUAGGAAUAUUAGUGCUAAAAUGCGAGAUAAAAACAUGAUGGGGCCGUUAGUAAACACAUUGUACAUCCAUGUGAGUAUGUUAUAGGAAUAUUCGGUAUUUCUUCUGAGGGAUGCUGGUGGAAAUAAAUGUCAGUGGAUGUUGUUCAGAGCGCCGUACUUCAAAUUGAAGUGAUUUCUAUAUCUUAUACCCUUUAUUGAUCGAAACAAAUCAGGGUUUGUCUCAUGGCUUUAUUUUCCCACGUUAACGGUAACACAGGUCGCAUUCAUAUUCAUGUUGCUCUCACCAGAGAGAGAGAGAGAGUGAGAGAGAGGAGGGUAAGAAUAUCUUUUUUCUUCCUCCUCUUUUUUCUCCAUCUCUCCCUGAAUAAAAAUACCCCCGAUCCAUCUUGAGACAUGCUUAGAAUAAGGAGCCAUCGAUUAUUUCUCUUGCUCUCUCUCCGUGUCGGGUUACAAGCGGACUGCGUCUCUUCACCUCCCCAUCUCUCCCUUUCUUUCACACACACACACACACACACACACACACACACACACACACACACAUUAACACACACACGGAGGCCUGUGUGUGCACGUUUUAAUGUAAUGCAAUGACCUGCUAGAAAAAUUAAUAUACGGAUGUGCGUCCUGCUGAAAAAGCUGUGUGUGUGUUUGAAAAAUAAAAAAGAUGUACUGUAUAUUAUGUGUUUGUAAAGAAGAAGAAAAAUGCAGAAUCCCAAAAUUAAAUUGUUUUAUAUUCUUACGGUUAAAACAAUUAAAGCUAUUUAUAUAAUGAACGAAAA